AUGUACCAGUCAUUCACAGGAGCAUCGCGCCGACCACGUCAGGUCAACCUCUCCGGGAAGAAUGCGAACCCUUUCGCUGCCAGCAAUCCGCUAGCUGGUCCCCAGAGCGCCGUCCAGAACGCUCACCAAGACCGACAACAACGACAGAAGCAACGCCACCAACUAAACGCCGCAAAGACGCUUCAAAGAGUUUGGAGAGGUCACAAUGCGAGGACAAAGACAAAGGAUGCAUGGCGCAAGCAGUGGGAUGCUACACCUGCCGCCGACGUGGAUGCCAUACAACGCCUAAACCUACUGCUGCUGUUCUUCUCGCCCUCCAACGACGCCGAUGUCCAACGCCUCAUUACCUUUGUCUCGCAUCACUCGCUCGACACGACUGCCUCGAAUCACCAUUUACGCCUGGAGAAGGCCUGUUUAGGAGCCUUAUCACAACCGAAGCCACACCGUAUCAACGACGUCCUUACAGUCCUGUCUUUUCUGGCCACCGCCAUACCCCACGAGACCGGCCAAAUCUCGAACCACUACUAUGCCACCCUCUCAAAACUACCACAGUCGACACAUACAAGCUUCCUCCAAGCUGUCGCGGCUCCUCUCAACUCACAACUCCUGGCCGCCUACCAAGGCUUCGCCGCUGCUUACCUCACCACUCCUCUCGAUCCAACCACCCUCCAUUCCCUGGCGUCCAUUCUCGACUUCUCCAAACUCGCUCAAGCUAUAUCAAAUAUCACUACAACCCACACCCUGGAUACAAGACGUCGUCUGUGGCUUCUUGGCCAGUUUAUAUAUUUCAAGCCCGAGACCAAUCCUGCUUCGCACUAUGUGUCAGUUGUUGCCCAAAUGCUUUCGUCCCUGGCCGAGAUUAUCGCUCCAGAGGCUCCUGCCCUGGACAUGACAAACAAAGACUAUGACCGACUGGUCCUGGCAACGAAUCCCACUCGUGUUCAGCUUAACAGCUUCCUGAAAGAACAGCUCUCACGCUUGGUUGAUAGAGACGCAAUCAGCUCCCUGGUACCAAGACCGCUUGCUCCUUCAGACAUGUCCAUGCCAGAAGAUACAUCGGAUUCCCAACUAUUGGCCAGUUAUGCCUUAAUAUUGCUCCGUAUCUUUCCCCUACGCGCUGACGAUAUCCGCAUGUGGCUCUAUGUCGGUCCAUUAGAUCAGGCCUUUCGAGAGGACACCAUUCCUGCCAUUCUCUUCUUCUGGAAAGGUAUGCGCUCAACAUCCAUCUUUGCAAACAUCUACAAAGACCCUCGAGCUGCUGUCGAACUCCUCAAAGCGCCAAAGUCAUCGAUAUCUUCUUGGAAACCUCCUGGAUAUGAGGCUGAGCAACUCAAGAAAAACGAAGAAUGGCGUGUCAUCCUCAUCUUCCUUGAGCUAUACACGUUUGUGCUGAAGAUUACCGACGAUGAAGAAUUUCUCGGUGCAAAAUCGGGCACGAAUUCGCGGGACAGCAAAAAUGCACUUCCCGUCGAGGAUCUAAAGGACCUGACCGUCUUCCUGAAGAACCUUGGCUUUUCCAUGUACUUCAACUCCCAGGAAAUAUCCGAAUCGUUUGAUCCAAGUCUCGAAGCCCUGAGUACGACCAGCUUGAGUCGUCAUUUUGGCGGUAAAUCAAGUGCUGUCGAAUCCGUGGCUGAAGCCGUGCCACAGACCAUCUCGGUCGCAGGCACCGUUGGUAUGAGUCUUGACUAUGUGAAGGGUCUAGUUACCGGGUUGCUCCGCGCUGUCUAUGAGCGAGAUUCGAGAAGAAACUUCUUGCCCAAGGGACACUGGUUGAUGACAUCUCGAUUGGACAUGGACAACUUCAAAGCCGCCGUAGUCGGUGAAGAUGACCGAAGGCAACAGCUACAGUUACAGGCUAGUGAGGAAGACGGCGAACCUGCUGAAUCUGAUGCAGAUUGGAACGAGGCCGACAACAUCUCCAUGAAUCCAUCACAACGAAACUAUCGUCGUCAAAGCCGGCAAGCGAGCACAACACGCUAUCUGCAGUCCGUUGCUCCCCGAUUGGAAAUCCUACAGAACAUGCCGUUCAUGAUUCCCUUCGAAACGAGAGUUGAGAUCUUCCGCGAAUUCGUCCGACUGGACAUGGUCAGACGAAGAUUUGGUCACCCGGACCCGGAACUCUGGCGCCACAGAAUAGCGUUCGGGUCGUUAGGUGGUUCCGGCGGGCCGUCCGAACUCGGAAAGCAUCAUGCAAGCAUUCGUCGCAAGAACGAAUUCGAGGAUGCGUUCAAGCAGUUCUACAGUCUUGGUGAGAAGCUAAAAGAGCCGAUCCAGAUUACCUUCCUCGAUGAGUUUGGUCUACAGGAAGCAGGUAUCGAUGGUGGAGGUGUUACGAAGGAGUUUUUGACCAGCGUCACCACGGAAGCCUUCAACCCUGAGAAGCUCUAUUUCACAGAGAACAGCCAACACUCUCUGUAUCCCAAUCCGACCAGCGUCGAAGUCCACAAAGAGAUGUUGCGAAUGACAGGAUUCCCCGAUGAUACAGAAGAGCAUCGAGAGGUGAUACGAGAUCUCUUACAACGUUAUGAGUUCUUGGGUCGCGUUGUAGGAAAGUGUCUCUACGAAGGCAUUCUCAUCGACAUCAACUUCGCCAGCUUCUUCCUCAGCAAAUGGGCCUUGUUCGGAGGUACCAACAACGCAUCGAGAGAAUCCGCAUACAAAGCUUCAGUCAACGAGCUACGUGAUCUCGACGAAGAACUCUACCAAGGACUCAUGAGCUUGAAGCAUUACCCGGGCGAUGUCGCAGAAUGGGGCACUUACUUUGCAGUCAACAACACAAUCACCCUCCCCAACGGCCAAACCAAAACCAUGGAGCACGAACUCAUCCCCAACGGCGCAAACACACUUGUCAACCGCGGAAACCGCCUCGUCUACAUCGCAAAAGUAGCCCAAUACCGUCUUUCGGUGCAAUCACACCUCCAAACUACCGCCUUCCUCACCGGCCUCUCUGCCAUCAUCCAACCAUCCUGGCUCAACAUGUUCAACCAAAAGGAACUUCAGACCCUCAUCGGCGGCGCUGCUUCCAACAUCGACGUCUCAGACCUACGCGCCAACACCCACUACAACGGCGUCUAUGAAAUUGGCACCGAUGGCCAGGAACAUCCCUCUAUCCAACUGUUUUGGCAAAUCAUGCUCGAGCUUCCUGACGCCGACAGACGCAAAGUGCUCAAGUUCGUCACGAGUACGCCUAGAGCACCGCUUCUGGGUUUCGGGUCGUUGAAUCCGAGAUUUACGAUCAGAGACUCUGGUGAUGAUGAGAAGAGGUUUCCGACGGCGAGUACGUGUGUCAAUCUGCUCAAGUUGCCGAGGUUCAAGAGUAAAGAGGCGUUGAGGGAUAAGUUGUUGUACGCGGUCAAUUCUGGUGCUGGGUUUGAUCUGAGUUAG